CUCCAGCCAAACCUUUUGUUCUCUUCCAUCUCCCCCCUCCUCACCACCAGCCAUGUCGCUCACGCCAAACGAGACGCCCCGCUCUGGCCAGCGCACCCCCGGCGCCAUCGCCACCGAGCUCUCCAAGCUCGAGUUCCCGCCCCCCACUAAACUCCAUCUCCAGGGAAACGGCGGCGCAGGCGGCCCGACCUCGCCCCGUGACGGAAGCGAGCUCAGCGCACAGCUGUCCAAGAUGACUCUGCCCGAGCCCGAGGCGCUCAGAAAAGCUCAGAGCCACCGCCGCUCCGAGAGCCAGAGCCAGGAUCUCGCCGAGCAGCUCUCGCGCAUGAACCUUCCCCAGCCGGAGCACAUCUAUGGCCCCGACGAUAGCCGGGCGACCGGGCGCAAGCAGGGCGUGUCCGCCGAGGACUGGGCAAAGGUCAAGCUUGACGACGAGGUCCCAGAGGCUGUCAAGAGCCCCACCGAGAUGCACUUCCGCCGCAACAGCCGCGCCGCCAGUAUAUCGGCGCAGCGUCCCCCGGCCGCCGCAGCGCCCAGGGCGCCAGCGCCAGCGCCAGCAAGCCCCCCAAAGGCUGCCGCUGGUGCCGCGAAGGAGCAGAAGGUCACGCCCUUUGACGUGCAGGGUGGUGUCGAUGCCGAAGGCAAGGAGAUUGGAAUCGACUAUGACAAACUCGCAAGCAGGUUCGGCGCGCAGAAGAUCGAGCCCGCACUGCUGGAGCGCUUCGAGAAGCUCACGGGCCACAAGCCGCACCCGCUCCUGCGCCGCGGGACUUUCUACACCCACCGCGACUUCAACAUCAUCCUCGACCUGUACGAGCAGAACAAGCCCUUCUACCUCUACACUGGGCGCGGGCCAUCGUCCGACUCGAUGCACAUGGGCCACCUCAUCCCCUUCCUUUUCACGGCGUGGCUCCAGAAGGUCUUCAACUGCCCAUGCGUGAUCCAGGUCACCGACGAUGAGAAGUACUUGCUGGACCGCGACGCCAAGAAGCAGCAGGCUCUCAUCAAGAAGAACCCCCAGGACAAGCGCUCGCCAUACUACAUUCUCGACAAGUACUACCAGAUGGGACAGGACAACAUUGCCGACAUUAUUGCGUGCGGCUUCAUUCCCGAGAAGACGUUCAUCUUCUCGGACCUCGACUACAUCGGCAAGGCGUUCUACCGCAACGUCGUCCUCAUGGCCAAGACCAUGACUGUCAACCAGAGCAAGGGCGUCUUCGGCUUCACAGACAACGACAACGUCGGCAUGCUUCACUUUGCGGCGGUGCAAUCCACGCCUUCGUUCUGCAACUCGUUCCCCCAGAUCUUCGGCUCGCGCACUGACGUGCCAUGCCUUAUCCCCUGUGCCAUCGACCAGGACCCCUACUUCCUCGUGUGCCGCGACGCCGCCGACCGUCUCAAGUACAAGAAGCCUGCGCUGCUGCACGCAAAGUUCCUCCCCGCCCUCCAGGGCGCUGGCACCAAGAUGUCUGCGUCCAACCCCAACUCCAACAUCACUCUCACCGACCCGCCCAACGUUAUCAAGAACAAGAUUCGCAAGCACGCGUUCUCGGGCGGCGGCGCUACACAGGACCUCCACCGCGAACACGGCGGCAACCCCGACGUGGACAUUGCCUACCUCUACCUGUCGUACUUUGAGGACGACGACGCGAAGAUGGCGGACCUGGCUGAGCGCUACCGCGCCGGCACGCUGUCGACUGUCGAAAUGAAGGACGUGUGUGUAGAGAAGCUGCAGUCGGUCGUUGCCGAGUUCCAGGAGCGCCGCGGCAAGGUCACGCCUGAGACGGUGCAGUACUUCCAGGACCCGACGCGCGCGAUCGACCCCACGCCGAGCCGCUCCGCAUAG